CCCGUAUUCAGAAAUGCGCCUUGACUCCAACUUGACUUGCGGCCGUCUCAAGUCGGCGCCAACGCGUAUCAUAAAUCUCCCUUGACUUGAAGCGCCUCCUCGUGGCGGACUUCACUUGAUCAAGUACGCGAAACUUUCAAGACAGAGCCGGAGCUACCUUGAGGUAGGCUUGGAGAGGUUGUAGCAACAUGGCGUCGUAUAGGAGCGACGUCGCCAGAAGAAUCGGCGCGUACGAAUUUGCGUGUAGAGCCUGUGAUGUCGUCUUCGGUGAUGCAUUUUACAUGCGAAGUGUGCCACGGCCAUGGUUGCGUGACAGAUCGAACCCGAUGGAGGUAUACGACGAUGAUGAGUUCAUCACGCGCUAUCGAUUCACGAAGCAAACAGUUCGUGAGCUGCUGGCCUUUCUACCACUUGAGACGAGCGGCGACAACCGAGGACUGCCGCUGACACCUCUGCUACAGCUGCUUGUGGCACUGAGAUUUUACGGCGCCGGAACCUUUCAAAUUGUGAGCGGAGACUUGGUCAAUGUGUCCCAGCCCACGGUAUGUCGCACGGUGAAAAAAGUGACGCGCCUCAUUGCCAGGCACCUGUUUCGAGCAGUUGUCCGCUUCCCGGAUGCCUCGCAGUUGUCAGGUGUGAUGCGGGGCUUCUAUGAGAUCGCCCACUUCCCCGGGGUGACCGGCUGCAUCGACGGCACACAUGUGCGCAUAAAGAGUCCCGGAGGUGAUGACGCAGAGGUUUACCGCAACCGCAAAGGAGUGUUUUCUGUUAACGUUCAGGUGGUUGCGGGACCAAUGCUGGAGUUUUUCAAUGUUGUAGCGAGCUGGCCGGGGUCUGCCCAUGACAGUCGCAUAUACGACAAUUCUCGUGUAUGUGUUAUGUACGAACAGCACCGUGUGCCUGGUCUGCUGCUUGGAGACAUGGGCUACGCCUGCUCUCCUUUCCUGAUGACCCCACUUCAUGAGCCAGGUCCAGCUAACUCACCAGAAGGCAGGUACAACAAGGCACACAUCAAGACCCGCAACUCCAUAGAAAGGGCCUUUGGAGUGUGGAAAAGGCGCUUCCCCUGCUUAGACAUGAAACUUCAACACAAGCCUCAAAAUGCAGCUCGCAUAAUAACAGCUUGUGCUGCCCUGCACAACGUGGCUCUCCUGCGACAAGAACCCGAGCCAAUUGGUCUCCAUGUUCCCACCAGCAGAUGCCGACGUACAGGAAGAAAUACCUGCCAAGAGCACCUGCCAUCUGUUAAUGGUGUGGGGGACAAUAUACCUGGCAUGCGUGCACGGCAACUUCUAAUCCAGAGGAGUUUCUCGUAAACAUUGUUGUUUCAAAUCCACGUCAGUGUUUCUGAAUAGUAGGGGUGUGCGUAUAGUGAUUUUUGAUAUUGAAUUGAAUACAAAUUGUCCCAAAUUGAAUAGUUUUCCAAUAAUGAACAAGCAUGAACACAAUUAAUAUAAAACAAUGUUCACAUCCUAGUAUAAUUAGGAAGUUUCUGUUAUUACAUAGCACGUUAUGAAGCGAUGUUUAUUAAAAGCACAAAUGAAGCAUAAAGAGCAGACAAGUAGUUUCUUCGCAUGCACAGAGCUCUUUAGACAGUGCGAAUGGUCGCUGCGUAGCCUGUAAUGUAUGGCUACCUGAGCGACGUAGCCUGUUCCACUACGCGAGUUCUCAUGUUUUGUGUCUAUACUAUGCUCAAGGCGGUGAAAACUUGCCAUGCUUUUGCUCCAAUUUUGUUUUAGUUGACGUUUUGAAAUAUUAAACAAAGUUUAGAAUAUUCACACUCCCCUACUGAAUAGUUGGGUCAUGGGUUCAGUGUAUGUGUUGUGCCGUAUUUGUAUGCCACUAUAGAUACAUGAUGAAAUGGAAAAAUACCAUAUGUGGUAAAAACUCUACUGCCCAGACCAGUAGCGCACCCAGGAUUUCUGCCAGGGCGGGGUUGACAGUUUGCCAAUACCAUCUAAACAGUACUAAUUUCGAUUUCUUCACGGAAAAUUGUCAAAAAAUGCGCUUUUUGCGAAUGUGUAGGCGAUUGCGCGUCUUGCAUCUUAUUUACAGUACUCGAAUGCGUAAGGAAAGAAAAGGGGUUAAACAAAAGGGGGGUUUAAGUCGGCCUCAGGGGGAGGUUACAACCCCUGAAUCCCCCCCCGUCGGUGCGCCACUGGCCCAGACAUGCAGCCUCAGGGUCCCAUGCAACCAAGUGCAUGCUGCAAUUUCUUAUUCCAGGUGCCAUAUGCUUGCACAGUAACUGCUUCACACCUUCUAUAGCCUUUUUACCAUUUUCACAAAUCUACAUGGAGAGAAAACUGCACUAUAUUGUCUCAUAUUCUGUGACCCAUUUCAGAAUAAAAGCUUUAAUAUUUUUAACAACACUGAUAAGUUUACACUCUUUCGUUCAUGGCCGUCAAUUUGGCAAGCUCAACUUGCUUUUGAACUUGCAAAAUUUCCAUUUUGAUUUUGUGUUCUUCAUUUCUUUUCUGGAGGUUGUCCUUGUGCUCCUCCUCCAGGAGGCGCAUUCGUGUCUUGUG